UCCGUCUGUGAUCUUUGCAAAGGCAAGAUGCAGCUGGUAGCGGACCUGCUGCUGCUGUCCAGCGAGGCGCGACCAGUGCUCUUCGAGGGUCCUGCCUGUGCAGGCGCCGAGUCCUUUGAACAGUGCCGGGACACCAUCAUCGCGCGCACCAAGGGGCUCUCCAUCCUCACCCACGACGUCCAGAGCCAGCUCAACAUGGGCCGCUUCGGAGAGGCGGGGGACAGCCUGGCGGAGCUGGGCGACCUUGUGGUGUCGCUAACCGAGUGCUCUGCGCACGCCGCCUACCUGGCGGCGGUGGCUACGCCUGGUGCACAACCUGCACAGCCGGGCCUGGUGGACCGCUACCGAGUGACCCGCUGCCGGCACGAGGUGGAGCAGGGCUGCGCCAUGCUGCGGGCCACUCCACUGGCCGACAUGACCCCGCAGCUGCUUCUGGAGGUGUCGCAGGGCCUGUCGCGCAACCUCAAGUUCCUGACGGAUGCGUGCGCCCUGGCAAGUGACAAGUCGCGGGACCGCUUUUCGCGCGAGCAAUUCAAGCUGGGCGUCAAGUGCAUGAGCACGUGUGCGUCAGCGCUGCUGGCCUGUGUGCGCGAGGUGAAGGCUGCGCCCAGCGAGCUGGCGCGAAGCCGCUGCGCGCUCUUCAGCGGGCCGCUGGUGCAGGCUGUGGGUGCGCUGGUGGGCUUCGCCACCGAGCCGCAGUUCCUGGGCCGAGCGGCCACUGUUAGCGCCGAGGGCAAGGCGGUGCAGACCGCCAUCCUGGGCGGCGCCAUGAGCGUGGUGUCGGCCUGUGUGCUGCUGACCCAGUGCCUCAGGGAUCUGGCGCAGCACCCGGAUGGGGGCGCCAAGACGUCAGACCACAGGGAGAGGCUGAGGAGCUCGGCCUGCGCCGUGUCUGAAGGCUGCACCCUGCUAUCUCAGGCUUUAAGGGAGAGGUCUUCGCCCAGGACUUUACCGCCAGUGAAUUCCAAUUCUGUGAAUUAGCACCCCCUACCAACCUCUUAUUCCACCCCCAGGCCAAGGAAAGACACUUGUUCUCUGCCCCUCUCCAUUUAUACCAAAGAAAUUACAGGUGAACCGCACCCUGUGCCCAGAUGUUCAGUGCUCAAGAGGAAUCCUGGGAAAGGCAGGCCGGGGGUGCCUGGCCCACGCCACACUGAGUGGGAGCAGAAGAGAGUGGGCGAUGGUUGCAGUUACUGCUCACCCCAGCCCAGCCCAUCGAAUAAAUUAUUAAUUGGGCAGGAAGGAGGUCAUGGGUUCAUUUUUUUUUAAUUGAAAGAAAGGUUACCUCAGUUUUCACUCCUUAGACAUGGAUGUAGCUACCUUUUGUAUCGUUUUUUUUUUUUUUUUUUUAAAUUAGUAUUCUUGGUGUGGAAAGAGUAUGCCGGCCAUGUGAUUUGCAAAUCGGGGGAAAGCUACUGUGAGCGUGUGUUCUAUUUUUAAUUUACACUAUAGAGUGAUUUUUACCCCCCAAUGUCAAGUUUUUACCUUGCAUGUACUGGAGUAUUUAUUUCAUCUAUUAAAAUGUUAUGUUUCUCAGAUGGCUUUUUGCAGUUAUUGUUAGGCUUCCCAGCAACUUGUUUUGCAUGCUUCCUGUCACUCUGGAGAAGGACAAGGAAGUGGCUACUCCAGAGUGGGAGCUGCGACCCCAGUUCCCAAUCCUCACCACUUUUCUCCUAAGGAUCAUCCUUUUGAGCAGCCUAGGAAUCAAGAAGAGAUGAAUGUGUGUGCCAUUCUGUUCUUUAAAGGCAGGUGACACAGAUCAGUUGUGAUGGACAUUUCGUGUAGGUUUUUGUCUUGGUGUGAGCUUCACUGGGAAGAAAUUUAGCUUCCUUUGUCUGUGCUCAUCUUCCCACCAUAAAGAACCCUGUGUCAGGCCGCCAAAGUCUGAUUUGUAUUCUGCCCGUUCUUUUGCAGAUUAAAGCACUUCCUAAUCCUGGGUGGGACACAGGCCUUCCC